GUGCCUGUAAGUCUCAGAGGGGCAAGGCCCUAGUGAAGAGCAGCCCAGGAAGGCAAAGGGAAGCUGCCUCUUGUCACUGGUUGAUAAGUCUGGAAUGUUUCCUGCCUGAGCUUUGUCCUUCAUAGCAGCUUUCUGUUGUCUCUGGCAGCCUGUUUUAAAACACCUAACCAAAACUUUUGCUUGUUUAUAUCAGGAAGAGGGAGUCCUGAUUUUGGAAAGAUCUGUGGAGGGCCUCAUAGUGAUGUCAGCCAGGCCUACAACUCUCUCUUACGUGCACCCAGUUGAGAAGAGCAAUUUUGAGACCCAGGUCCAAAUUUUUGAAGAAAUCAUGCAGGACUGGUCACCAUUAUACUCCAGUUCAGUGUGUGUUACAUUCCUGGGAAGGUUCUACCAGAGUCUAAAGGACAAGGAUGUUGAGUUCACACCAGCUAGCGUUGAAAAAGAACUCUUGAAAUCCUGCAAAGAAGCAAAAGGCAAAGAGAACCGACUGUGCUAUUACAUUGGAGCCACCAGUGAUGCAGCCACUAAAAUGGUUAAUGAGGUAUCAAAACCUCUGAGUCACCACAUCCCUGUGGAAAAGGUCUGUGAGAAACUGAAGAAGAAAGACAGCCAGAUCUGUGAGCUAAAAUAUGACAAGCAGAUUGACCUGAGUACUGUGGAUCUGAAGAAACUGAGAGUGAAAGAACUGAAGAAGAUCCUAGAUGACUGGGGUGAAACAUGCAAGGGCUGUGCAGAAAAAUCAGACUAUAUUCGCAAAAUCAAUGAACUAAUGCCUAAAUAUGCACCAAAGGCAGCCAGUUCACGGACAGAUCUCUGACCAAUGUAAUGGCCUCUGUCAUACUAGCACCUCGUACAAACUACAUUAAUCUGUUUUGUUUCUUAUGAAGCCUUUUUUGUAACUUAUUUAACUGGGCUCCCAAGGCUGUCAGUUUGGAGCUGGAGCAGUUGUGAAAUGCUCAUUCAACACCCCCGUUAUGUCAUGUCUCUAGUUUGUAUUUCUCUUGAUUCUGGUUUAGUUUAGGACAUCACAAUCUGUAUGGGAUUUUUUUUAUUAAAGUAAGAAGAAAUCUA